AUGGCGGACGCGCCGCCGCCGCUGUGCCCAGGAUGCGGCGGCCGCAGCACCGUCGGCGGCGCCAGGGAGCGGGACGGCCUGCUCCUGCCCACCGCCAACAUCAGCCGCAUCAUGCGGAAGGCCAUCCCGCCCGGCGGCAAGAUCGACGAGGAUGCCAAGGAGGCCGUGCAGGCGUGUGUCUCCGAGGCGAGCGACAAGUGCAGGAGGGAGAAGCAGGAGGCCAUGACCGGCCACGACCUGCUGUGGGCGAUGGCCACGCUGGGGUUUCAGGACUACAUGAACCCCUCAAGCUCUACCUGCACAAGUACAGACAGAUAG